GUUGAAACCUUUCAACUUUUUCCAUUGUCCCUCGACCUUAUCCUCCCAUUCGUGCAUCACUUCGUCGCCCUUCAUUUAUGCCGAUUGACCACAAGUUUCACCCGGACGAGCCAAUGUGCUAAAUUCCGCACGGCAAAACCCUACUCUCGUUCCACUCAUCGAGUCUAUUUACUCUACUGAAUUCCGAAUACCUUUGAAGCACCAUUAAGGCGACAGCAGGACACAGAUUCCAUCUAUUCUAUAACCGAGUUUAACGACAGAGAGAACCUACUUAUUUCGUUUGAGAGGGAAGAUCCAUAUUUCCGCCAGCAAGAUUCGCGCAAACUAGUGUGGAGCGUCGCAAGCAGGUCUACCCUACGUCUACGGGACCGAGCUCGCACGUUGAACAUCCUAUCCGUUAUAAAAUACAUUGUCAGCUGUUCCGGUAUCGAUUUCAAAACUCAUAAUUGCUCCGUGGUUCCUUCUACCAUGGCUUCUGAAGACACGGGAGACGUCCUUGCCCAGCAGGAUGGUGCUCUUGCCUGGAGCGCGGAUGGUUGGAAUGGUGCCGAUGACCAGACUUCGCCUGAUGACGAAGAUGGUGGAGAAUACGACCCAGAGUCCGUUACAAUUACGUCUGUUCCAGCACCUGCUGUAGAGCGACCUGCUUCUGAAUCUCCUCGCCCAAUCAAGAAGGCUAAGACAGCAGGAGGCUUUAUUAUUGAGAAUUCCUCCGAUGAAGAAGAUGAUACCCCAGCUCCCGCUCCAGUAUACACACCGAAUACCCUUAAACCUAUUCCCUCGGAAGCGCAAGGUCAACCUUUCAGUAACUUACCUCUCCAACAAAAUCUUACACCUCAAGACGCGACCAACGAUUCCCCUCAGGCAAACAGUGAGCCUGUUCCUUCAACCACCACGCCUACGGCCGCGACUGCCAACGCGAUACGCUCAAGACUCCCCGCCGAUGUUGUCGGCAUUCUCGAAGAUCGUAUCAAAGAAGAUCCUCGUGGAGACAUUGAGGCUUGGCUAGGCUUGAUUGACGAGCAAAAGCGGCGUCACAAGAUCGAAGAUGCGCGGGCUGUGUAUGAACGCUUCUUGAAAGUGUUUCCCCAAGCUGCCGAAAUCUGGGUAGCAUAUCUUGAGAUGGAACUAAGUCUUGAUAACACUGUCGAAGCCGAGUCGAUUUUCACUCGAACACUUCGAGCGAUCCCCGACGUCCAACUUUGGACUGGAUAUCUCAACUACAUCCGCCGUAGAAACGACCUCAACGACACGACCGGCAGGGCGCGACAAACGGUCAGCCAGUCUUACGAAUUCGUCCUCAACAACAUCGGCCAAGAUCGAGAUGCGGGAAGCAUAUGGCAGGAUUACAUACAUUUCAUCAAGACGGGACCUGGUCAGAUCGGUGGUGCGGGUUGGCAAGAUCAGCAGAAGAUGGAUGUCCUCCGUAAAGCCUACCAGCGCGCUAUAUCCAUCCCUAUGGCAAAUGUGAACACCCUGUGGAAGGAAUACGACAUGUUCGAGAUGGGGUUGAACAAGAUGACGGGACGAAAGUUUCUUCAAGAAAGAUCACCCUCAUACAUGACGGCAAGAAGCGCCAACACUCAUCUCGAAAACAUUACACGUGGAUUAAAAAAAACGACUCUACCUCGCUUGCCCCCGGCUCCUGGUUUCGAAGGCAACCAGGAAUAUCUCGAGCAAGUUCGACUGUGGAAAAUCUGGAUCGCUUGGGAGAAGAACGACCCACUCGUCUUACAAACUGACGACUCCAGUACAUACCGACAACGAGUUCUCCAGGUAUACAAGCAAGCCCUGAUGGCAUUGCGCUUUUGGCCGGAAUUGUGGGUUGAUGCGGCUGAAUGGUGUUUCGAUAACAAUGUCACUAGCGAGGAUGGCCAAGAUACAGGCCUCCAAUUCCUAGUCGACGGUCUUGAGGCAAAUCCCGAGAGCUUUCUAUUAGCCCUUAAACAUGCUGAUCGUAUCGAGUCUACCCAAGCCGCACGUGAAGAUGAUGUUAACAAAGCCGCUCUUGUGCAAACAAUCAGAGAACCUUGUGAUCGAGUUCUCGAAACCCUGUAUGGAAUGGCCAAGAAGUUAAAGGACCAAGAAACCUCGGCCAUUGCCAAGAUUGAGGAAGACGCCACCCUUGAAUCAGUCGCCCCAGGAAAUACAGAUGUGGAUGAGGAAGAUGAAGGGGAGAUCAAGGAGAAGCCUUCUCUAGAAGCCAUUAAGAAAGCCAGGAUCAAGACCAUACAGGAUGGCUUCGGCGUUCAGAUCCAGAUGCUAUCGCAGCACAUAACCUACGUCUGGAUCUCCCUUGCCCGUAUUUACAGAAGGCUUCAGGGACAAGGGCAUGGUAGAAGCACCCCAUCUGUCGGCUUAAGAGGAAUCUUCAUCGAAGCCCGACAGAGAGGUCGCCUGACCAGCGACAUCUACGUUGAGGUAUCUAACAUGGAGUGGGACAUAUACCAAGAUGCAGUCGGUACAAAAAUUUACGAACGUGGCGCAAAACUCUUCCCGGAGCAGGAAGAUUACUUCGUUGAGUAUCUAAAGCACCUUCAUGCCAAACGUGAUUUCACGAAUGCGCGAGUUGUCUUCUCCCAAACCGUCAAGCGAUUCAAGGAGAAGCCUGAACUCAUUCCUAAAUUGAAACCUAUUUAUGGGUAUUUCCACGGCUACGAGGCUCGGUACGGCGAGUUAGCACAAGUCAAAGAGCUCGAGAAACAGAUGGCCGAACUAUUCCCAGAAGAUCCGAGUCUUGCACACUUCGCAGCUAGGUUUGCAACGGAUAGAUUUGACCCCAUUACCGCUCCAGUUAUCAUUUCAGCAGCCAAGCAGAUGCGUUCCAGGGCUAUUAUGCAAUCUGUCGAACAGCGCUCUGUUUCCCCCCGCAACAGUCCCCGGCCUAUGGCGCAGAUUGAGCGAAGCCCCCAGCCCCAAUUCAUGCAACCUAUCAAUUCGCCCAAACGGCCAUUCCAACCUGAUGAGCAGGACGAAUAUCCACCGCGCAAGUUAGCUCGUGGAGCUUCGCCUCUUAAAGGCGCGGCCGGUCGACGACUUGAUCAGCAACGACGAGCACAGCAAGGUCAAGGUAUCUCCUCGCAUAUCAGUGCACCGACUCCUAUCCCGAGGGAUCUCACUUUCCUGAUUGGUUUACUUCCUCCGACCGAAAGUUACCACGGCCAUCACUUUUCUGCUGAUGGCAUGGUACGCCUGGUUCAAAACACCUCGGUGCCGAGUUUUGGCGAAUGGAAGGCUCAGAAAGAGAGCGCCUCGCGUAAUAGCCAGUCCAACUCGACUGCACACAUCGCACAAGCCUCAUCUGAAUACCAGCCCUACCAGUAUUCCAACCGAGAUUCGCCGGGUCCGUCUGGUCGACCAGCCAGUCCUUUCGGCGGAAUGAACCGUGGAAUGCCCCAAGCAUCUGCACCGUACCGUAAUUCGCCGCUUCGCCCUGGUUCAAGCGGAUCCUACGAACCGCCGCCGGCUGUGUACCAAGCCCCAAGCACAGGCCAGUUCAACCCGUUGGCACAGAACCUCGUCCCUGGAAGCUCUGGUUUCCCAGGAUGGCCAGGGUAUGCACCCCCUACCCAGUAUGGCAUGGCUCCAACCCAACAACACACGCAGCAGUAUGGUGGUGGAUAUUAUCAGUAAUUGGCUCGGCAAGUUAUGAUGGUCAGCUAGUGAUUGGUUUAGUCCCGCCACUAGCCUAAUGACCCUUUUUGUCGACUGGAACGAACGACUCCUACCUAGUUAUGGUGUUGUAGGGGAAAACCUGCAUAUAAUGUCUGAUGGCUAGUUGCAUUUUCUGGCGUUCCCGUUCUUCUCGGGAUAGGUUGAUAGUUUGGAGAGGACGGGUCCUAAAAAUGGAUUUCUGAUCAGCUCCUUUGUAACCUUAGGUUAGAUCUUCGGCUAUACAGUUCGGUUCCUAGCAUAGUAAGAUAGGUCGAAUGUCAAUAAUAGUCGACUCUAUAGAUGAUACCGAGUCUUUCUAAUACUAC